AUGGAUAUGGACUCAUCUGGAAUUCAUCUCGCUGAAGUUCGAUCGCAACUCGCGAUGGACUCUGACUCCGACACGGAUACCACCGUCACCCCUAAGAAAGAGCCAUUCCCCGACUUUGACGGGGAACUGUGUGUCCCAGAUCUUAACAACAGACAUGAGGCCGCGUGGACCUACGCCUUCGGCAAGGCUGUCCAGAAUGACAUUCGCACUCGCUAUGUGGACCCCUUCAUCACCCCCCAUAACCCCGGCGAACCAUUUACACGCAACCACAUCCUCCUCGAGGCUAUCAAGGACCUCCUCGCUGACCCACAGAUGCGCGAGACUACCCGCCAGCAGUUCAUCAUUCUGAUUAACCACACUCUCCAUUUGCACGAGGUUGUCUUCCACCACAGUGAUAAAUUCCUUGACACGAAGGAGACUGUGGAGGCGAAGGUGCUUGCGGAGAUUAUUCUCAGCUACAUGGUCUGGAUGGACGGCAGGUUGCGUGACCAAGUUAUCGCCGCUGAGCAGGUUGCCGUUGUGCUUGACCAAGUGUCCAAGGAGAAGACGACUAUCUGUGAGCGAUACUGUCGCAUGACCACUGUGGUUUCUGCUCACCUGAAGAAGCCUCGUCCCCUGGAACGCCGUCUACUCGCUCUCUUCCUCGAAGUCUAUGAAGCAUGGGUCCACAAUACCUUCCUUCGUCAGCGCAACUGCCAAAUCCUCGCAGAAGGCCUUCCUGUCCCCGGUCGAAUUGACCUGUCGCGUCGGAUCAUUGCCAUCUGGGACGUGCUGACUCGCUGCAUUGAGAGUUACUCACUUUACACCUGGGCCACUCGCACCAUUCGGGCUAAUUACUUUGCACCGGCCAUGGAUUUGUUGUCUGACACCCCAGAUAUCUGGCAGCAAUGCUGGGACAAGCGCUCGACUAUUCAACAUCGUCGGUCUAUCCAUCCUGGGCAGUUUGAACAACCCUUGAGCGGUCAGGCUGUGAAUAUCCCGCAGCAAUUCGAUAAUACGGAGGAGCAGCGUUCGACCAACGGUCAGUCUACUCCAGUUGCAGAGCUGGAAGUUGCCGAAGCUUGA